AUGGUAAACGAGAGGUUUCUCUACCUGUUGACAUGGGUCGUUUUGGUGGGCUUAAUGAUCAGCGACCUCUCCUCGAGGCGACAUCCUGCCCCAGCGAAGGCGGGCUUGGUCGCCCUUUCGGUGCCUCCUACCAGGGACUGCGAGCAGCGGCUCAAGAUGAUCACUGCGUGCCACGUGGCGGGGCAGGCGUGCUGCCACGUGUUCCAGGAGGCCAACGCGAGGGGCUGCUUCUGUUACCUGGCGAACUUCUCCGUGGAGGGGGCGAUGUCCCUGACGUCAGCCGACGUCGCGGCUCUCGCAUCGACCUGCGCGGUCCCCUACGUCAGCGUACCAGGUGCUGACACGUGUCCCUCUGCCCCGCGCUCGCGCUUCCCGGCGGCCCACCUUGAGAUCGUCAUUCUGUUCGGUUACGUCCGCACCCCGGCUCUUGGCGCGCGUAUUCACACCUUCCUGGCGCCGGUGACUUCGCGUUUCGCCCGAGGCGUCUGGUCGGAGGUGGGAAUAGGCCCCGGACGCGGUUUGGGGGAUCCCUCUGGCGGUCCGUUUGCUGGUCACACAGCCCAACGAAGUGCCCGGGGGAUGCUUCCGGGCCCAGAGGCUGAAUUGAGAACGAGCCUUUUGGAAAGCGCGUUGUGGAGCUUGCCGCGGGGACCGUUUCUAAACGGGAAGAAGCAAUUUGAGACGUCUGCGGAGCAGUCCAUGGUUCUUUCUUCCGGUGCGGUUCGGCGCAAAGACGUCGGUGAGAAAGCGGUCCUUCCGAUCCUCCCGGAGCAAGAUUCCGUUGCCGGGGAGGGUUCUCGAGCAGAUGAAGAGCGGAAGGAGCGGAAGCGGAGGCUGGCUACAGGGAGCUUCGUCGGAGGAGCGGACUUGCUGAUCAGCGACGAGUCUGGCAGCUCCGGCGGAACGGUUUCAUCGGAACGGAACGGGGUGUGGCACAAGGGCACGUUUCAUGCCGCAGAUAACCGUGACGUGAGGUUGCGAAAAAAGAGAAGCCCAUCGAACGAGGCAGACUUUGAUGUAGCAACCGUCGAGGCCUUGAUCCGAAGCGAGUUUCUUGGGGACGUGCUUCCCGAACGUGACGUUUCGACCACGAAGUCGCCGGACUCCGCGAAGACAGAGCUUUGCACCGGAGGGGAUUCCGCUCGUUUCGCUCGUUCCGCUCGUUCCGCUGAGCCCCUCGGCGGUGGCAAAAUGGAUACUCUUCCUGACCUGUCGUCCCCGUCAGCCAGAGACGGGGGCAAUGAGCGGAUUGACCGAGAACCGAAUGAGUUGCAGCACGGGCCGUUCACAGUAAAGGACAAAGGUCCUUCGGCAGACGAACUAGACUGGGCUUACUUUGCCAGUGUGCGACAGUUGCAGCAAUACCGGCAGCAUACGGACGCUUUUCUGGCACGCCAGGGGUCAGUUCCGGACGCGCAGGAGAGCGGAAGCGGAAGGCAGACGGACGGAAGCGGACGUCCGGAACCCGCGGAGGAGCCCACUGUAGAUGAUGAGGAUUCACAAAUCGCCCGGGACCCUCGCCUGGAACGUCUCUCCAACGGGCCGGUUGCGGCCUUACGCGCCCAGUCAUCCGCCCGGGCAUCAUCAACCGACUUACUUCCGAACUUACUCUCCGACAAAAAGCAGCCCGGUAGGAGCUCCCGGCUUCCCUGGAUCGCCCAAGUCGACUCCAAUUUUCCAAGCGACCUUCCGCUUCUCAAACCGACUUCCGCACAGAAGUCUCCGCUUCUCAUCGCACUCAAUGCUCCAGAGGACUCCCCCUCGCCCCCAGAAACCGCUCCCCCACCCCCCGAGUUCUUCCCCCCUCUCGUUCCGGAACCACCGCCGCCAGCCCCCGGAACGGAACCCCCUCCCUCCUCCUCCCCCGGAAACCAGUCCCCCCUCCCCCACCUGGAGCUUCACCCCCAACUCCUCCGCCCCUUUCGCCCCCCCCUCCGCGCGCGCAACCCCCUCCCCCGCGUGCGCAUCCCCCUCCCCCGCGUGGGCACCCCCCUCCUCCAGCGGGAAAGCCUCCUCCCCCGGCCGCCCCUGCGCCUGCCCCGGCUCCGUCGUCUGCUUUUAGAAUUGGUCGGGUUGAUUCAUUGUCCUUAUGGCAAGUCCUAG